AUGUUGCGACUGGUUGUACUUUGAUAAGUCUUCAUCAUAAUAUCAUCAAAAUGAUUUAUUCAAGAUUGUACUUUCCAUAAAUGAUGUGUUCAUUUAAAGUGACUUAAUUAGACUAAAUAAUUUUACAAGUAACUUUUCUGCGGUUUAGACUAAUCUGAAGAAUCUGAAAAUAAAAAAAAGAAAUAAGUACAAUCCUUUUUUUUGUGAGACAUUUUUUUGCUUGUUAUUUAAUAAAAAUUUUCUAAAGAAAUUAAUAAUUGAAAAUAAUUAUGAGGAUAUAUUUAUUAGUAUGUUUGACAAUCUUGAUUGUCGAAAAUAGUACAGCAAUUGGAGACGAAAAUUUAUUCAAAGUUGAAAAUAAUGUCGCUGGUAAAUCGGCCAUGGAUCAAAAAUUAAAAAAUUUCAUAGAAGGACUUAAGGAAAUGAUGAAAAACGGAAAUAAAACUUUAGGUGUUCCUCGUUUAGAUCCUUUUCAAUCGAAACCACUUGAUAUGGCUAUGAAUGCUGAUGAUUUUAUGGGCAAAUUCUUUACUUCGAGUGUAAGCGUUGAGGGUUUGUCAAAUUUUAUUGUAAAUAGAGCUACAUUAAAAAUCGUAGGUUUAAAAAUGAAUAUUUCUCUCGAAUGGCCAAAAAUUGAAGGAAAAAUUUUAAAUUAUACCAUAUCCGAUGGUCGACUAAUGAAUUUUGUCAACUUUUUUGGUCAUGGAAGUGCAAAAUUUCUCAUUCAGGAUAUAAAAUUUUCCAUUGAAAUGUCUGUAGCUGUUAAUACGACAACCAAAUUUCUUUUUAUCAAGGAAGUACAAACUUCUAUUUCCAUUGGUGAUGGUAAAAAAAAUGACAAUAUUGAGUUUUAUACUGAAGGACUCUACAAUGAUCUUGAAUUAUCUCAACUGUUUAGUGGUGUCAUUUCUGAAUUAGCACCAGCGGCCUUUGAUACUUAUUACAAUCAAAUAAUAAGUACAUUAAAUAAAUUAAUAACAGAUGCUGGAAAUAAAUUUUUGGAUAAAAAAACAAUGAAAGAUCUGUUAACACUUGUAUCGUAAACGUGAAAAAUUUUUUUUGAAUUAAUUUCCGUCACACUAAUUAUGUAUACAGUACGAAAACCUACCACGUCAGUCAUAUCCCAUGAGUGGGAGUGAGACAGACUUAUGCGAUUCCCAUACUUUCCUA